UGUUACUCUGUUGAGCAGUGGUUUCAAGCUCACAGAGGACAGAUUUUGGGAGCCAUGGGGGUGAUUAGCAAUGCUGUUGCCCUGGUUGGCAACUUUAUUACUGCUGUUACUAAUUAUUUCACUGAUAUAUUUCUCACUCCACCAUUAAAAGCUACUCUUCACUAUCUAGAGGAGGCUCAGCUCAAAACUCUCACAGCAGAGAAAAAGUCUUUCAAAGCCAAAGCUCUGUGGGAGAAAACUGGAGCUGUUAUCAUGGCAGUCCGACGACCUGGAUGAUUUCUGUGCAGAGAGGAGGCUGCAGAGCUGUCCUCUCUGAAACCUGAGCUGGAUAAGCUUGGGGUCCCCCUGUAUGCUGUGGUGAAGGAGGAUGUUGGAACAGAGGUCCAGAACUUCAGACCCUACUUCAAGGGGGAGAUUUUCUUGGAUGAGAAGAGGCGUUUUUAUGGGCCCCGUGAAAGGAAGCUGGGUCUUCUGGCCUUCCUUCGUCUAGGUGUGUGGCUGAAUGGUCUGCAGGCUUUUAGAAAGGGCUUCAUGGGAAAUAUCUUUGGCGAGGGCUUUGUCCUUGGCGGAGUCUUUGUCAUUGGACGAGGACAUCAGGGAAUCCUGCUGGAGCACAGAGAGGUUGAGUUUGGAGACAAGGCCAACAUUGAAGAUGUCCUCCAAGCUGCUAGAAGAAUACCACAAGAACCUGAGCCUUUUGAGAAGAAAUAAUGCCUUAAAAAUAGGCACAGCUGAGCUUGCGAAUCUCAAAUAUUUGUGUAUAGACAAACCUUGGAGCUUUGAGUUAAAAUAAUACCUUGACUCUUCUUAGACCACUAAAAGAUCAGUGGUAGUCUGGAUGUUGAGUAUGCUGCUGAGAUCCUUGUAGACUUGGCAGAUCUGACACUAAUGUUAAUAGCUAGAAUGACUGCAUAUAAGCAGUCAGGAUUCGCUUUAUUUGUCCCCUCCCCUGUAAGUGGUGGUACAGUCCACAUCAGGCAACUCCCUGGAAUCUGACUUGUGGUGGGGGGAAUUGACCUGUUUGGAAAGUGCGCUCUGGCUGUACAUUUAUUGUAGUGGUCUCUGGGAAAACAGACUGCUGGCCUGCAAAUAAUAAGCAGCUCUGAGUAUUAAUGAUGGUCUGUCUUUAAACUCUUGUGAGAGAGCAGACUUGAUGUCUGAUGCUAAGAUUCUACUAUUAUUCUGUGGCUGGCUGGUGACCUUGGUAGCCAAGAGACUGAUCUUUCAACAAUAAAGCAUAUCUUUGUGUA